AGAGGAAAGCGGAUGUACACAAGCAUACGGUAUGCGCUGAAAUGAGAGGAGACGCGGCCGCGUUAAGGUUCGUUGCCGUACCUUAGUGUCCUGCGUGGCGUCUUCCCGGUUGAGGGCGUGGAAAUGGAGGAAGAGGAGCAGCUGCGGUCUUUCAUGUUCCUGAUGACUUACCUGCUGCUGAAGCGCAGGAGGGACAUGAACAACGCAAACAUCCAGAGGCGCAGUGAGGUCCAGAGACGCAUCCGACAUAGGCAGUACUUCUUCCAGAGACAGAGGCGGAUGCUGAUGAUGAUGAUGGCAGGAAGUAUCCGCUCCAAUGUCCGCAUCCGCACGCGGCCCUGGACCAACACGCCAAGCACCGACUGGUGGGAGCGGGUGGUGAUGACGGAAUUCCAGCCCUCCGAUUGGCUGGAUAAGUUCCGUAUGAGCCGGGAGACGUUCUUCUACCUCUGUGACAAACUGAGGCCCCGUCUGGCUCGCCAGGACACCAGCUUCCGCUUGGCGCUGCCGGUGGAGAAACGUGUGGCCGUGGCUUUGUGGCGUCUGGCAUCAAACAUCGAGUACCGCACCAUCAGCACCCUGUUUGGUGUGGGGAAGUCCACCGUGUGCAGAUGUGUUAGAGACAUGUGUCACGCCAUCGUGUCUCUCCUCGGCUCAAUCUACCUGCGGCCCCCCAACGAGCAGGAGCUGCAGGAUUCAUCCCAGCUCUUCCUGUCCAACAUGGGCUUCCCUCACUGUGUCGCUGCCAUAGCCAUACUCCACACAGCUAUCAUCACUCCAUCAAACAACGCAUCUGACUAUGCUAACCCCGCCGGCUGGCUCUCAGUGCUGUCUCAGGUGGCUGUCAGUGGCCGAGGGCAAUUCUGGGAUGUAUGUGCCAGUUUCCCAGGUGGGACAGACCCAGCUGACAUUUUACAGAACUCAUCACUGUGGGCCACAGCUGCAGAGGGUGGACUGUCGCCUGCCCCGCUACCUAUAUUCAUGGGAAAACCACUUAGGUAUGUGCUGCUGGGGGAGGCCUGCUACCCACUCCAGAGCUGGCUGAUGAAGGCUUACCCGGAAGAAAAAGGCAGGCGGGCGAGUCAUGCAGCACUGACGGAGCCACAGCGGCUCUUUAAUCGGCGACUCACCAGAGCGCUUCGCGUGUCCGAGGAGGCGCUGCUGAGGCUGAGGGCGCGCUGGCAGUGCCUGAGCAAGAGGAACGACUGUGGUCUGGACGUGGUGCCCACCAUGAUCCUGGCUUGCUGCAUUCUGCACAACAUGUGCGAGUCCCACGGUGACGCCUUCAAAGCAGAGUGGCAGGUGGAGGUGGCCGAGGCAGAGAGCCCUCAGCCCAGCCACAAGCAGAUCCUCUCAACCAGUAUGGACCAAAGUCAUGCUGAGGAAAUCCGGCACCUCUUCUGUGACUACUUCGAACAGCAAAAUAAUUGAUAAAGGACGGGUAUUAUUGAAAAUCCUUGUAAACCUUUUUACUCGUGCUAUUUUAGUUUUUGUGACACUAGCAGCAUGGUUGUACCGCAGAGUCUGUCAGUCUGUCACUUGUUCUGCCAAUCCAGUAUUAACAUGUAUCUUUAUGCUAACUGUAGCAAGGCAUGUUAAAGCAUGGCAAUAUUAGCAUACAUCUCAAACCAUAGUGGAAUAAAUGCACUUUAAUCUGACAAAAUAAGGCUCAGACUGAUUAACAAUAAGCCAAAUCAGGCAAUGUGAUGUCCUAAGAUCAUAAUACAUCCAUAGAAGAAAAAGACUUUUGAUUUAGGCAGGAGCAUGACUUGACACUUACUCUGGUGCCGAAGUCUGUCCAAACGUCACCUUUUGCCCCACUACCAGUAAGGAUCUUAGAACAGCGAGAUUGUCUUUUUUCCCCAUUUUGUUUUUAAAUCUA